CGAAGGUCUUUGAUUUUUUGGGUGCGGCUAUUUUUGUUGCAAUAAUUUGAGUCGAUGUUUUGUGCCUCUGUGUUACUAGAGAAUUAUAUUUUAUGAUAGAUAGACUAUACGAAUGUUAACAAAUGGCAGCUAACAAAAAUAAAUCAAAUGCUCAAGCUGCGCUUCACAAAGUUAUAAUGGUUGGAAGUGGAGGAGUUGGCAAAUCUGCGCUUACUCUCCAGUUCAUGUACGACGAAUUUGUUGAAGAUUAUGAACCAACCAAAGCUGACAGUUAUCGAAAAAAGGUAAUUUUGGAUGGUGAAGAUGCUCAAAUAGAUAUUUUAGACACAGCUGGACAAGAAGACUAUGCAGCCAUCAGAGAUAAUUAUUUUCGAAGUGGAGAAGGUUUUUUGGUUGUAUUUUCAAUUGCGGAAAAAACCUCUUUUGAUGACACCCAGGAAUUCAGGGAUCAAAUAUUGCGCGUUAAAGGAGCUGAUUCAGUAACAGCGAACAAUAUUCCAUUUAUUCUUGUUGGUAAUAAGUCUGAUUUAGAAGACAAACGUCAAGUCACACAAAGUGAAGCACAACAAUUUGCUGAUAAUAUGGGAGUUCAGUAUGUCGAAACAUCGGCCAAGACAAGAAGCAAUGUUGACAAAGUAUUUUUCGAUUUAUUAAAAUUGAUCAAAGAUGAGAAAAACAAAGUCGCGACUGCACAAACUUCAAGCAAUAGUCCUGAAUCUGAAGACUGUAUUGGACGAUGCAAAAAAUGCUGCACAAUUGUUUAAUUCCUUAUGUCGUCAUAAUCGCAUCACAAAACUUAAGACCAUCUGAAUGGUAGUUGAAAACAAUUCUCUAUAUAAUUUUAUUUCAAGACUUGCAGUGGCAAAAUUACAACUGCACGUACUUACAGAUUUAUGUACUUGAUCAAUGUAAAGCCGCACAUUAAAUGUGUUUUUUGGUCUUUUAAUUUUUUUGAAAAAUUUUGUCAAUAUAUGUCAGAGACUAUAUUCAUCUUUCUGCCAUAACUCGCUAGUGUUUACCUGUUUGAGUACACCAUGUGCAAACUAUUUAAAAAUAAUGCUACUAUUCCAAUUUUUUAGCACAAAUUGUCUUCAAAAAUGUUUGAGCAAAGUUGCAGUCAUGACAAUUUAUUUCAUGCCCAAACUUUCAUAUUCCAAAAAAUGAGAGAAAAACCAUCUUUGAAUAGUCACAUGUUAACUUUUUUCGGAGAAGCAGGACCUUUGUUUAUGGCACUCAUUAUAGUUUGAAAAAUUUUGGAAGUCCAAGGACUUUACUAUGAAAUUACAUAUUGUUUGUUGCUAUUAGGUAAAUUAAUUGCUAUCCAGUAAUCAAUCACAUGUCAUAGCAUAUGAUUAAAAGCCUGUAGAUGAAGAAUUGGAAAUGACUGAUUUUAUCCUUGUAAUUUAUGAUUCCACAAUUUUAUCUAUAACCUCUGCUUUCUAUUUAAUUGUAUUUCAAUUCAUAAUUUGUUAAUACUUCAUAUCAUAUUAACCUGCAGAUUGAUCUUGUUCUUCCUGUAGAUAAUUUUUGACUUAAUUGAGGCUAUGAUAUUGUAGAAAAAUUGUAGUGUAUUCUCACACUUAUUGCUCAACAUCUUGAAAUGAAUAAAUAUCACUGGUAAAGAC